AUAUUAGCUCGGAAAUAUGAUCCUUAAAAAAUCCAUGAUUCCUGAGGUGAAUUGCGUUUUUGCAACCCAAGUGUGGUUGUAGAAAUGUAAAUAUAUAUUAUUAUUUAAAUGUAAAUAAUGUAAAGUUACAUCGUUUUAUUUCCAUUUUAUUACAAUAUGUCUUUUGGAAAUUAAACGGUGGAAAGUCCCUUGGAUAUGACGCGAUAAACGGGGUUAAAUGUAAACUGCGGAUUGAUUUGUAACAGUGUGAUACGGUCCGGAUUUAGUAGUUGCAGAAGAAGUAGCGGAUUCCUAAACUUUCUGUUUGCAACUCAUCGUCUUCAUAACACACCAUAUGAGGUCAUUGUGUUCUAAGUAAGAUAUGGCUUAUUAAAUUGACCUCCCUGUCACUAGUUGUUGUGCUUUGCAUUUGCAACGCACUUCCAAACAACUAUACUAUUGAGAAAUAAUGGGGUCUUCAAGUGUUCCCACCACUCUGUCCAUAGUGACGCUUCUCUGGAACCCUCGCACACUUAGUGCAUUUCACAAUUUUGACCGAAAUAAAAGACACGAUGGCGGUAUCGAUCCUUCGCAGGAAAAUUCCUCUUGUUUGCACGGUCGACCUCAUCAUUCCCUCUUCCCAACAAGCUAACGACAGCCAAUCCUGGGGAAGGAAGGGGGUGGAGUUAUCGGAGAGACAGCACAUAAUUGGUGAUGGUCAGACGGACUGGAUGACGGAAAAAGUUGAUUUGUCUUCGUUCCAGUCGACUACUGAAUCCUCUUCUAGCUCAUCUUCUCCGCCCUCACCGUUGGAACAUGAUGUCAAGGUGCCCUCUGACUUGGAGGUCAUGACCUCUCUUUUGCAAGAGGAGCUUGCUCAGCUUGAGGAUUACUUCCGGUCUGAAUCGACUUCAACCAAAUUGGACAAAUCACCAAAAUGUGACAAAGGCGCCCAAGCAAUGGGGGCCCAUUCUUACUACCAGUUGCCCUAUGCUUCGUACAGUGGCAACCAAUCAGAAACCAGCCCUCUGGUUGUUACCCUGGCAACAGGGGAACUCGACCGGGUGAGCUUCUGUGGUGGUCCCAUUGGAAGACCCAAAAUGGCGAGACAAGCCCCAUACAACUGUCAUCAUCGUUCAUACAAUACUUGCCGAAGAAUAGUUUCAGAUGGUGUCAACAAAGUUGGAGAGGAACUUGAGCAUGACACCUGGAGUGACAAAGGAAGUUCCUCAGGAAGCACAGAGGUUGCUGUUAACCACUGUUCUACAUUGAAGAGAGUUGGGAAGAACAUUGGCAGUGUAAAGAAAGUCAGAGAAUGUGGUGUAUUGCUGAAGGAAGAGGAAAGUUAUUGUUUUACAGAGGACGUUUUUUGCAGUGAAGAGAUGACCAGAGGUUUUUGUAUGGGUGGGUCCUUCGAUACCCACCCCAAGAGAGAAGGACAAUUGAUGCAUGGAAUGAAGGUUAGUGGCAGUGAUUAUGAUGGUAUGGGGCUGGAGGUCUUGCAUUGCAACAAAGAUGGUGGACUCCCUGGAGGUAUUCCUCAAGAGCCAGAGGCAAACGGUGGCUAUUACCACCACCACCCGAACGUUGCUCAUACAGAGCCUUAUCAUAGCUUUAUAGGUGAAAUCGAAGAGCCUACACAAGUACAUGGUAUAGAGCCCCAGCAUGGCCACUACCUCUUCCCAGAAUGUCUUGGAGACCAAAGCUACGAAUGUCUGUCAAGAGGAGAGAGCGAGGGGCCAAUGGUGGGCUCGCCCAUUCACAGGCAAACAGCACAGAGGCUAAAGGAAGAUCCAUGCUCCCUGAGCUGCCUCAAAUCAGGCCUUGUCGCUGUCCCUCUGGAAGUACAUACCGGAGAACGGAAGCAGAAGAAGAGAGACCAGAACAAAACAGCUGCUCACAGGUCCAGCUAUCUUGGAUGUUCAUAGAUGCAUAUCCGGAAAUCUAGCACUUGAGGGAUGAGGUAUCGACUGCGUAAGAGGGCAGAGCUGGACAUACUGGAGGAUGAGCUUCAUGGGCUGGAGGAACACAACCGGGAGCUCCGCGACAAGGCGGAGUCAGUGGAACGAGAGAUUCAAUAUGUCAAAGAUUUACUCAUCGAGGUCUACAAGGCACGUAGUCAACGCCUAAAGCAAGAUGCCAGUGCCUAAUCUCCUAACCACAACACCAGCACUCACAUCAAAAGCACUUGUUUGUUCAAAAUUAUAGUUGCAUGAUUUUGGUAGUUUUUCUAAAAAAUAAAUAAUAUAAUGACUUUAUUAUUGUUACAGACAAUAAACAACACAAUGUACUUUUCCAAAUGUUUCCCUGAAUGACUUCAGGCCUUAGUUUAAUUUAGGAGGGAACUAAACUAAACUGUCCGUGACCACUGUGACACUGACAUGCCUUGUAAUGUUUGAGCUUGCAAUGAUUGACUGUUUAACUGUCAUUUUUUAACAGUAAUAGAAGCGAUUGAAUUAUGUCUGUGUUAUUGACACUCAAUGGCAGCAUAAAGGAAGGAAGCUUUAUUCUGUGAUAUUGUACGUUUUGUUUUAUUUAUUCAUUUAAGUACCCUUUUGCUUCUUCCACUCAUUUGGUAUAAGGGAUUGAAGAAGGAAUGUUUAAAAUGCUGUGUAAAAGUUCAUUAAUAAAUACUGCAAACUACUAGAACAUUUGAUUGCUAAAAUGCUCAUGUUGAACAUGUAGGAAACCACCUAGACCUUGCUAAAAUACCCAAUGCAUGUUUGAUUGUUAAAAAUGCAUGAUUGAUUGUUAUUUGAAAAUGACAACAUUCUCUUAACUGCAUGGCUUCCUGAUUUAAUGAUUUCCAUAGAGCAUUUUCUCAAGUCAUGCUUUAACUCUUUUCGUUUCAUUAGCUGACUAUUUCUACAGAGCUUUACUCUCAAAUAUUGAAUCAUACUCAGGAUGUUUGUCCACUUUUACAUAAUGGGGAAAAUAUACAUGGCAUUCACUGGUUUAUCAUCUUACUUUUUUCUUGGCUGUAUUUUGCGAAAAAACAAUCACCUGAUGACACAACAAAUUGUUGUUGGGCAUAAUGUCUUCAUGAGAAUCUUAUUUGAUGAAUAUGUGUUCAAUUCAGGUCUGCUUGUUUGAUAGAUGAUGAUGUCUGGUAACUAUCAGGUAAAUUGCAGCCAAAUAAACUAGUUAUGUUUUUA